AUGCUUGGAUUAGGUGGGUCAUGUUUAUCAAAAGAAUUUUUUGAUUUAGCAAAAUCAAUUGGAGAAGCUCGUUCAAAACAAGAGGAAGAUAGAAUAAUAUGCAAUGAGAUAAUUUUAUUGAAAUCGAGGUUUUCAGACCCUAAUACGUCUGUAAAACAAAUAAAAGAAUAUUUAAUACGAGCUAUAUAUAUAGAAAUGCUCGGACAUGAUGCCUCCUUUGCUCAUAUUCAUGCAGUGAAAUUAGCUCAUGAGAAGAACAUAUUGUGUAAGAGGACAGGUUAUUUAUCAUGCAACUUAUUUUUACAUAAAGAUCAUGAAUUAAUGUUAUUAUUAAUUAAUACUAUACAGAAAGAUUUAAAAAGUGAUAAUUAUUUGGAAAUAUGGGCAGCUUUAAGUUGUGUAUGUAAAUUAUUAAAUAAUGAAAUGAUACCUGCUAUAUUUCCAGUAAUACAAGAUUUAUUAAAUCAUAAGAAUGAAUUGAUAAGAAAAAAGGUUUGUAUGUUAUUACAUAAAAUGUAUAUUAUUGAACCAUCAUUAAUAAAAGAUAUUGAUAUAUAUUUAAAAAAAUUAUUAUGUGAUGUAGACCCAUCAGUGAUGGGUGCUUCAUUAAAUUUAAUACAUUCUAUAGCUAAGAAUGAUAUGAUAUAUAGUAUUAAGUUAGUACCAUAUUUGGUUUCUAUUCUUAAGCAAAUAUGUGAAAAUAAGUUACCAAAAGAUUAUGAUUAUCAUAGAAUUCCAGCACCAUGGAUUCAAAUAAAAAUUUUGUCAAUUUUUCGUAUUUUAGGAUAUUCAAAUAAAAAAUUAUCAGAACAAAUGUAUGAAGUAUUACAAAAAACAAUGCAGAGGGCUGAUUUCGGAAUUAAUGUUGGAUAUGCUAUAAUAUAUGAAUGUGUGAAAACGAUAGCUACAAUAUAUCCUUCACAUCAUUUAUUAGAAUUAGCAUCUUUAUCUAUAUCUAGAUUUAUUUCAUCAGAUAAUCAUAAUUUAAAAUAUGUUGGAGUAACGGGGCUAGCUUUAAUUGUAAAAAUUAAUCCUUUAUAUGCAACUGAGCAUCAAUUGGCUGUAGUUGAUUGUUUAGAAGAUAAGGAUGAAACUCUAAAAAUAAAAACGCUAGAUUUAUUAUAUGAAAUGACAAACCCAUUGAAUGUUCAAGUGAUUGUAGAGAAAUUAAUAUUCCAUAUGAAGAAUUCUGUGGAUAUUCAUUUUAAACAUGAUUUAGCAUGUAAAAUUAUUGAACUUAUAGAAAGAUAUACACCUGAUGAUAUUUGGUUUUUGAAUAAAAUUAAUACCUUAUUUUUAUCAGUUGGUGAAUUAUUAGAUGAGAGUUAUUCUUAUUCUCUUAUCAAAUUAUUAAAGGAUAGUUCUAUAUGUGCCGAGUCAGAUUCAGGGGAUGACGAAAUAAAUACAAGUAAAUAUAAAAGUGCAUCAAAUGGUAAUAUAAAUAUGGAAUGUUUGAAUUUGCCAAAUAAGGAACACAUAAAAACUUAUAUGAAAGAACAGAAAGAAGGUACAAUGGAACAAUUAAAAAUAAAUAUUGAGAAUAAUGAAAAAUUGAACCAGGCGCAUAUGAACAACCAAAAAAAUUAUGAAAUGAAUAAUAAUAAUAAUAAUGAUGAUGAUGAUGAUGUUAAUAUUAGUAAUGACAAUAAUGGUGAUGUUAAUAUUAGUAGUGAUAAUAACAAUAAUAAUAAUAAUAAUAAUAAUAAUAAUCAUAGUAAUUAUAAUAAUAUGAGCAGUAAUAUAAUCAGUAAUGAUGAUAUUAAACAUGAACAAAAAAAAAAUAAGAACGAUGAUGUAAACAACUCAGAUAUGCAAAUAGAUUUACAGAAAAAGAAGAAAAACAAAAUGAAUGACGAUAUAUACAAUCUCAGAAAAUAUGCUGUAAAUACAUAUAUUAGAUUAUUAGAAAGUAAUGAGAACAUUCCAUUCAUAUUAAUGCAAAUAAUUUGCUGGGUCAUAGGAGAAUAUAGUCAUUUGUGUGAUAUUGAAAAUUAUAGUACAGAAGAUAUUAUAGAUUUAUUAUGUGAAUGUUUAGAAAAAAAUUUUAGUAAUCCUGACAGAGUUAAAUCAUGCUUAAUAACAGCUAUUUUUAAACUAUGUUCAAGGAAUAAUAUAAGAGAUCAUGUAGUAGCAAAAAAAAUAAUUGAUAAAUAUAAAAAUAGCAAAAUAACAGACUUACAACAAAGAUGUUAUGAAUACGAUUUAAUAUUAAAUAAUCCUAUUUUAAUGAAUAACGUUUUUUCUCUAAGAAAUACUAAAAAAAAAAUAGUUAUUGAUGAAACCUUAUCAUUUCUAAAUCCAUAUAUAGAAGAGCAUUUAAGAAGUGGAGGGAAGUCAUAUAUUUCAAAAGAUUUAAGAAAAAAUGAACAGCAUGAUGAAUCCAUAAAGAGUACGAACCCCGUAUUGAAUUUUACUCCUUAUGAAUUACCACUUAAUAAUAAAUUAAGUUCAGAUAAUUAUAAUAUAUCAUCUAAUAAUAUACCUAUAUAUGAAAAGAACUAUAAUUACCAGGAGGAUGCUGUUGUUCCUAUGUCAGCAACAGAUGAGCAAGCAUCGACAAUGAAGGAUAAGGGAAAAAUAUAUAAAUUAAAUGUUAUGGGACCCAAAAAAUGGAAAAAAGAAGUAUAUAAUAUAGACCAAGGACAAAAUGAUGAUACGGAUGCAAUUGAAAAGAGGGAUAUGGAAAAGAAGAAGAAAAAGAAGAAAUCAGGCAAAAAAAAUAAUAAAAAUAAAAAAAAUGAAAAAAACCAAAACGACAACAACAACAACAACAACAACAACAACAAUAAUAAUAAUAAUAAUAAUCAUAUUGAUGGUAAUCAAAAUAAUAGUGAGGUAAUAAAUAAAGACAAAGUGAAGAAGAAAAAAAAGAAAAAAAGUGUACAAAGAGAAGAGGCUGCUGAUUUUAAUAAAGGAAUUAAAAAUGAUAUAAAUCAAACAGAGGAAGAUAUUAAGUUACAUAAUAUCGUGAACACACAAAAGGACAGAGGUAUGAAUAGUUUUUGCAGUAAUUAUUAUGAUGAAGAAGACGAUGAAGACGAAUAUGACGAUGAUGAUGAAGAGGAUGAAGAAUAUGAAGAUGAUGAAGAAUAUGAAGAUGAUGAAGAAGAGAAUGAAGAAUAUGUCGAUGAAAGUGAUGAUGAUGAGGAUGAAAACCAUGAUGACGAUGAUUAUCAUGAAGAGGAACAAUAUAAUAGAAAUAAUGUUUUUAUUAAUGAAGAAAAUGAAAAUGAGAAGCGUACUGAUAAUGUUAAUGUUGAUGAUUACAAUGAACAAAAUUAUGAACGAUUUGAUGAUAAUAAAGAUAUUCAUUAUUCAAAAGAAUUUAAUAGAUUUCCAAGUGAUAAUUAUCAUAAUAAGAUAAAUAAUAAGACAAAUGUUUAUAAUUGGAAAAUUAAAGGAAAUAUUAAUACUGUAGCAAAUAAUAAAAAAGAAUUAACCGAAAAAGAAAAAAUGGCAGCAGCUUUAUUUAAUGGAUUAAUAUCAAAUAAUUCACCAUUAAAAGAUCCUAUAAAAAGUUCUUAUGUUUCUACAAUAUCAAUGAAAAAAAAUAUGUCUAUAUUGUCUAAUAAAAAUUAUUUUACUUCAAAAAAAUAUGAUAAUAAUAAUGAUAUGGGUGGAAUAAGAAAAAAAAGUUUACAUAAUGAACAAGUAGAAAAUAGAGAUGUUACAAAAAUGAAGGUAAAUGAAAAAGGUAAUAAUAAUAAUAAUAAUGAUGGGUGUACUAAUAAGUUGGUAGAUAUCAAUGUAGACAAUUCUGAUCAUUUAAAUGAAAUAACAAAAAAUAAAAAGAACAAAGGAGAUCAAUUUGAUAUGAUAGAUUUAAAUGAAUUACCUAAAAAAAUAGAUCCUACAAAGAGUUCUGAUAUAAAUAUAGAAGAGGAGAAAAAACUAUGGGACAAGAUAACUACUAAGAAAAAGGCUGUAUUUAUAAAUUCAACAAACUUGAAUAUAUUACAGACACUUAAAAAAAUUGAGAAUAAUAUAAACACAAAUGUUAUUGAAGUUUCUAAAAUGGAUUCAUUGAUUUCAUGUUUUUAUAACAAUACUAAGGUGCUGAUAAAAAUAAAAAUAGAAGAUAACAAAUUAAUUUUUUUAGUAAAAUCUAAUGAAAAUAGCAUAAUUGACAAUGUUUUUGAUGUCCUCAAGAAUUUGUUUCAUAUAUAA